AUGAGAAGGCAACCAUUCAACCAAAUUAUUCUUUUAUGGUAUCAUUUGCCUAGAGCUCAUCUUGUGGAUUCUCACAUUCUUCCCGAUGAUUCCUCUAAGGCAUCGACUUCUAAAGAUUCCGAAUGGCAACGUCUUGAUGACUUCGUUCGCACAUGGAUUUAUGGCUCCAUUAGUCCAUCCCUUCUCCAAUCCAUUGUUCGUCCUGAUGAUUGUACCUUUGAUGCUUGGACUCGUAUUGAGAACAAUUUUCAAAAUAAUAAAACCUCUUGGAUUCUUCAUCUUGAGUCUCAAUUUAAUGACAUUUCUCUCUCAAAUUUUCCCAAUGUGAAAUCUUAUUUCAACGAACUAGAGACUAUUGCUACUUCUCUUACUAAUCUUGGUACUUCCAUCACCGAUAAUCGAUUGGCUCUCCAAGUUCUUCAUGGCUUGAAUUCAGAUUGUAAAACUUUUCGAUCUUUGGUUUAA